UUCACUUCCCUUCACUUGUUUUUAUCACUCUAAGGAUGGCAGCGCCUAACAUGGAAGUUGCUCAAGGUCGUUUUUGAUGGAUGAAAAUACCGAUAUUUGUGGAGAGAAGAAGGAAGAUUCUCCGAAGCCAGAUGACUUGAGAUGUCUUCCUGAUUUUGCUACCCUCUGUUCGUUUCUAACAUUUUUUGGUUCUGAUCUCGGUAUUCAUCUAACGUUUCCUCAGUUAUACGACUUCCUCUGCCUCCAAGACUCAGCGAACACAAAGAUAUGGGAGACAUUACAUGUCAAGCUUCUCAAUAAGUUGAAGUAUCGAGCUCGCCCUGAUCGAUGGGAACCAGUACUAGGACGAUUUCUACUCAACCAUGGCCUUCAUAUUGAUGGUAUCGAGACAGCUGCUGAUAUCCUCCUAAGUACUGAAUAUGUAAAUGAUGAUAAAGCGAAUUUUAUUGCACGAGAACCAGUUGGGCAUCUUCCUUCUAGUUAUUACAGACUUUCACCCUCUAUUCGCACCAGAACACUCCUUUGUCUUUUGGAAACUCAGUUUGAUCGCAACCAACCUUUCAAGGACAAAGCGAACUUGCGUUCUCCCAUCGAUCUACGAUUCCCUCCCUUAGGUAUUGAUGUUUGGGGAAGAAGUUACUGGUUACUAAAGGAUUCGGAUGUGAAUAUUUAUUUGUAUAGAGAAGACCAUCAUGACAACAGUUUUAUGUUAUUAUGUGAAUCCUUUGAUGAGGUACGUGAUCUCAUUGAAGAAUUGAAAGGUGCAUAUUCAGAAGAUGAAAAACUAGAAGAUAUACUUAAGAAAAGACAACUUUCUAUAGAUAAAGCAGACUUAAAAGAUCAGCUGACAACUUUAAUACAAGAAGGCAUAGCUUCUCCAGAACAUCAAAACCUUGAGAACUGUGAAAAUUCUCACUUGUCUGCAUCCACGCUAGAUGUAGGUUUUAAGCCUACCGCUACACCACCUCCGACUCCAGCUUUUCCACAUGUACCAACUCUUCAUUCCGUUGAUCUGUUACUAGCGACUUCGAAGGUUGAACAAUUUAUUAAAGCCGAAAAUCGGGCUAGUGAAGCAGAAGAAGAAGAAGAAAAGAGAAGUCCAGAGAUGGUGUCCACCGUGCAGACAGAUGAAAAAGGUGACGAUAAAAUGGAAGCGCAAGUGAAUGAGGCGAAACAAAGCGAUCUCCACACCAGAGGACUGGGAAGUGAACCAUAUGAUCUAGAUUUCGACCUUCAAUAUAAAGAUUCUGAUCAGGCUAAACCAACGCAUUUUGAAAGUUCGACUGCUGAUGAUAUCUAUAGUCUAGCAGAUGGUGUUAGAAGGCACCAAUUUGUUGUGUUAUUGCUGUUAAUAUAA